AUGUUGGUGCAUAUAUAUCUAUCUAUCUAUCUAUCUAUCUAUCUAUCUAUCUAUAUAUAUAUAUCUAAUUCUAUUCAUAUCUAUCUAUCUAUCUAUCUAUCUAUCUAUCUAUCGCAAGAAUAUUCUUUCUUUUGUACCCCGACUCGCCACAGGCAGGAAUUCGUGUGUGGACGUGUUGCAAUAAUAAUGUCUGACCCAAUCAAAGUAUUAGUGACUGGAGCUGCUGGCCAAAUUGCUUAUUCGCUGCUCUUCUCUGUGGCUAAAGGAGAUGUUUUUGGAACAAAACAGCCACUCAUCUUGGUGCUUCUGGACAUUGAGCCAAUGAUGGGAGUCCUUGAGGGUGUGGUCAUGGAGCUGGCUGACUGUGCCCUUCCUCUUGUCAAAGAAAUCAUUCCGACAUCAGAUGUUGGGGUGGCCUUCAAAGACAUUGAUGUGGCCAUGUUGGUGGGUGCCAUGCCUCGUCGUGAAGGCAUGGAACGAAAGGAUUUGUUAGCAGCAAAUGUGAAGAUCUUUCAGGCACAAGGCAAAGCCCUUAAUGAGUUUGCCAAGAAAACUGUCAAAGUGGUUGUCGUGGGUAACCCAGCCAACACAAAUGCUUUGAUUUGCAUGAAAUAUGCUCCAAAUAUUCCUCCUGAGAAUUUCUCGGCCCUCACACGUCUUGACCAGAACAGGGCACAGCAUCAGAUUGCUGCUCGUUGUGGUGUUGGUUCCCAGGAUGUGAAAAACGUCAUCAUCUGGGGCAAUCAUUCAUCUACCCAAUUCCCAGAUGUGGCCCAUGCCACUGUCAAUUUACCCACAGGACCCAAACCUGUCAGGGAAGCCAUUGAUAAUGAUGUAUAUUUGAAAGAAGAUUUUCUCAAGACUGUGCAACAGCGAGGUGCUGCUGUAAUCAAAGCCAGAAAGAUGUCCAGUGCCAUGUCUGCUGCCAAGGCUAUUUGUGACCAUGUCCGUGACUGGUGGAAUGGGGUGCCUGAUGGAACGUUUGUCUCAAUGGCUGUCUGCUCUGAUGGUUCAUAUGGCGUAGAGAAAGGCCUCAUUUACAGUUUCCCUGUUGCAACAAAACCUGACCACUCUUACCAAAUUGUGCAGGGUUUGUCAAUUGAUGACUUUGCCAGAAGCAAAAUGGAUGCCACCAUGGCUGAGCUGAUAGAAGAGAGAGACACUGCCCUUAGUGUCUGUGCAUGA